UCUCUAUUCCAUCCUUCACAUUUGUUUGGUACAACUCCAACUGCGAAGCGCACAAUCUGCUAAUACAACGACCGUUGAAAAACGCGCGCACCCGAUUCUCCUCCCCCACGAUCGCUCAUUUUUUACGCCAGCUUUUCACUUCAAAAUUUAUUCGACAAACCCUGAUUUCUUUCCAGUAAUAAAUUUAGUAUUUAAAGGAUCGAUCUUAAUCAAUUGCAGCGACGACGAUUACUAUGAUGGUACAUCGUGUAUCGGUUUUUCUCUGCUACAUUCCAGUGUUUAUAUCAGCUGCUACAAUAACACUUGAUUCCAUUGAGAUAUAUAAAACACAUGAUUGGUUACCGUCCAAACCUACAGUUUACUUCCUGUGUAAAGGGGAGAACAAGACAAUUUUACCUGAUGUGAAGGAAAAGCUUCUCUUGUAUACCUUCAAAGGUGAAGAGUCUUGGCAGCCUCUAACAGAACUGCAAGAUAAGAAAUGUAAGCGCUGUGGGUUCUAUGAAGAGGACAUCAUUAAGUCAGAUGAUGUAUUUGAUGAAUGGGAGUUUUGCGCUUCUGAUUUUAUGAAGUCUGAUGGGAAAUAUAUUCAUCUGAAAGACAAAGAAAUCAAUGCAACAUUUUUGUGUCCAGAAUGUGUACCUUUUGGAAAUGGAAAGCAUUUUCUUUUUCUGAUGGAACAUCAUCAUUUUAAGAACGUUCUUAUGUGCUUUUCUAAGUGUCACAGAAGGCAAGUGAAACACCAUCCACAUCCCAGCUUCAGGCCAUUCCUCUACCUCCAAUAACAGCUCGGGUGGAAUGCAUUGGGCUCUAAUUGUGCUUAUCAGCGCUGUAGUUUCAACAGUUUUUAUUGCUGGUUUGGUAACUGCAUUCAAGUUUUGGCAGAAAAGGAAGAGGCAGCAAGAGCAGGCACGGUUCCUGAAACUGUUCGAAGAAGGUGAUGACAUCGAGGACGAAUUUGGAAUUGGCCCUCUUGGCAGUGAAGUUUGAAAAAUAAAAGUUCUUCUGCCUUUGAAUUCCAUUUGCAAAGCUGUGAUUUGCUAAGGGAGAUUUUCUGCCAGAAUCGAUAUUCGAUAUACAAGGGAAAAAAAAAUGCCAUGUAGUAUGGUCUUUUGUCCUUUUUGGGGAUACGGGUGAAUGCCAAGGAAAUUUAGCAGCUGUACACACAUUGCGAUUAAAUGUGAGACUGAAUAGAGGAACUGUUGAAAUGUAUCAGAAGUUGGGAUAAUUAGACUAUAUUCUUCAAUUCUUUUUGAGCAAGAAAGAAAUUUCACAUCUUUUUAACUGA